AUGGCGCCGGGACUAAACGGCACCGGCCACGAGCCUCGUCACAAAUCCUCCAAAAAGCGACACUUAGAUCCGAGCCAUGCCGAAAAAUCAGAGCGUAAACACAAGCGAUCGAAAAGUCAUACAGUUCCCGCUUCCACCCUACCCGCCGAGCCUGCAGAGACCGAAUCCUCCCCGAAAAAGAAGCAUAAAGCCCACAAGGCAAGCAAGCCGAAGCAUUCCCACAUAAAAGAGGAAGAACAGCAGCAACACGAGGCCGACGAACAAGGCGACCACGACGGCGAAAAGCGAUCGAGAAAGAAGAAGUCAUCCAAGGAAGACAAGGAAGACAAGGAGAAGAAAAAGUCGAAACAGAGUAGGCUCGACGACGAGGAUAACAAGCAUCAUGAUCAUGACGAAGAUGUCAUUGCGCCUGCGCAAGAACACUUCGGUGUCGUGGUGCUCGAGUCAUCACGUUCAAAGGCCAUUCUAGGCGCUGGAAAGUCAAUCGAACACCAAUUCCCCUUUUAUACCCAGACUGUUUCCCAGUAUCUCCCGCUCCAUCCCCUCGGCAUCAGUGAGCCUGUACAGGGCUACAUGAACCAACACCUCGAACCCCUCCUCAACCACUAUGUUCCUGGCUUCGGCGGCGUUCUUCUUUCCUACCGCAACCCACGCAUCGGCGCAGCGCCCGGAGACGGCUCGCUCACCCAAGAUAGCGGCAUGGAGGAUGUAGCCAUACUCGAAUCCAUCAACGAACACGCCGUCAGCUUUGGCUGGCUUACUGUCGAGAUUGAUAUCUUUCGGCCUUCUCGAGGCGCUUGGUUAGAAGGUCUAGUCAAUAUCCAGAGUGGAGGUCACAUUGGCGUCGUCUGCUGGGGCAAAUUCAACGCAUCGAUUGAGUCCGAACGGCUACCACGGGACUGGCGGUGGGUUGAUCAACAUGCUAGGAAGGAUAAGGAACAAGCCGAGCCUGAGGCGAAAGACGAUGCUACGGGAGAUCAUACCGAGGUACAUGCUACAGGAUACUGGGUAAACAAAGACGGCGCUAGAAUCACAGCUGACACGCCCAUACGCUUUCGUAUCAAGAACUACGAAGUUGGCAGUAGCGGUGACUAUGGGUACUUGAGCAUGGAGGGGACAAUGCUGACAGAGGAAGAGGAGGCAAAGAAGUCUCAAAAGGAGAGGGAGAUUCAGAAGCGUAAACUGAGCCGCGGGGUUGCGCCGCGCCGUGAGAGAAGGACAAUGCUAGAAUUGGGAAUGACCAAAUUUACCAACGAUGACGGACGGGAACCCGAUAGCCAGCCCCAGCCCCCCGAGACUUCAUAG